AUGUCAUUCAACAUUCUAGUAUUAGGUAACGGUGGUAGAGAACAUGCUCUAUUAUGGAAAUUAUCUCAAUCAUCAACUGUCAACAAGAUUUACGUUGCUCCAGGUAAUGGUGGUACUAAAAAUAUUGCUAAAGUUGAAAAUUUAACUCAAGAUGAUUUAUUACCAAUUCCAAAAAAUUUCACUAAUUUACAAACUUUUGCGCAAAAAAAUAACAUAAAUCUUGUUAUUCCAGGUCCUGAACAACCUUUAGUUGAUGGUAUUACUACAUUUUUCACAAAAGUAGGUAUCCCAGUAUUUGGUCCUUCUGCCGAAGCUGCCCAACUUGAAGGUUCUAAAGUUUUUGCUAAAGAAUUUAUGAAGAAGCAUAAUAUCCCAACAGCUACAUUUGAAAGAUUCGAUAAUUAUAACGAUGCUGUUAAUUAUAUAAAUAAUGAAAACGAAAAGAAUAUAGUCAUUAAAGCCGAUGGAGUUGCUGCUGGUAAAGGUGUUCUAAUCCCAACCAAUCAGCAAGAAGCACUUGAUGCUUUAAAGACUAUUAUGGUUGAUAAGCAAUUUGGCUCUGCAGGUGAUUCUGUUGUCAUCGAAGAGUUCCUUGAAGGUCAAGAAAUUUCAAUUUUAACAAUCUCUGAUGGUUAUUCCUAUUAUAACUUACCUGCAGCUCAAGAUCACAAGAGGAUCGGUGAAAAUGAUACCGGCUUGAAUACAGGUGGUAUGGGUGCAUAUGCUCCAGCUCCAGUGGCUACCCCAAAGAUACUAAAUGAAAUCGAUCAAAAUAUCAUUAAACCAAGUAUUGAUGGUCUAAGAAAGGAUCGUUUACCCUUUGUUGGUGUUUUAUUUACCGGUAUUAUUUUAACUCAGGCUGGUCCAAAAGUUUUAGAAUACAAUGUAAGAUUUGGCGAUCCAGAAACUCAAACCGUUUUACCAUUGCUAACUGAAGAAACCGAUUUAGCUCAAGUAUUUUUAGCUGCUGCUGAACACAGAUUAGAUUCUAUUGAAAUUAAUAUCAAGAAGGAUUAUUUUGCUACCACUGUUGUCUUAGCUGCUGGUGGUUAUCCAGAAGCUUAUAACAAAGGUGAUGUCAUCACAAUUAAUGAACAUAAGUUACCAACUGAUGCAUACAUCUUCCAAGCUGGUACCAGUAUCUCUAGUGAUAAAAAUGAAUUGUUGACUGCAGGUGGCAGAGUUAUUGCUGCUACGGCUAUUGCUAAGACAUUAAAGGAUGCUGUUGCCAAAGCCUACGAAGCUGUUGACUGCAUUGAUUUCAAGGGUAAAUAUUUCAGAAAGGAUAUUGCUCACCGUGCAUUUGAUGAAAACACAUCAAAGACCUCCAUUACUUAUUCAGAUUCCGGUGUUUCUGUCGACAACGGUAACCUAUUAGUCCAAAAGAUUAAAGAUAUGGUCAAAUCUACAAGAAGACCAGGUGCUGAUUCAGAUAUCGGUGGUUUCGGUGGUGUUUUUGACCUAAAGCAAGCUGGUUAUGAUACCGACGAAACAUUAUUAGUCGCUGCCACUGAUGGUGUCGGUACCAAACUGAUUAUUGCACAAGAAACUAACAUUCAUGACACUGUUGGGAUAGAUUUGGUAGCGAUGAACGUUAAUGAUUUAGUUGUACAAGGUGCUGAACCUCUAUUAUUCCUAGAUUAUUUUGCCACUGGUGCACUUGAUAUCAAGGUUGCAUCCGAUUUCGUUUCUGGUGUUGUUGAUGGUUGUCUACAAGCUGGAUGCGCUUUAGUCGGUGGUGAAACUUCUGAAAUGCCAGGUAUGUACCCACCUGGUCACUAUGAUACCAACGGUACUGCUGUUGGUGCCGUAAACAAAAAUGAUAUAUUACCUAAGAUGGAUCAAAUGGAGGCAGGUAACGUCCUACUUGGGCUUGCAUCCGAUGGUGUGCAUUCCAAUGGUUACUCCUUAGUCAGAAAAGUUAUUUCCCACGUUGGAUUAUCAUGGAGUGAUCCUUGUCCAUGGGAUAAUACUAAAACUCUUGGUGAAGGUACCCUUGUUCCAACCAAGAUAUAUGUCAAACAAUUACUACCAUCUUUACAAAAAAGACUAAUAUUAGGUUUGGCUCACAUAACAGGUGGUGGUCUGAUUGAAAAUAUUCCUCGUGCCAUUCCAAAAAAUUUACAAGCUCAAGUGGAUAUGUCAACAUGGACUGUCCCAGAAGUAUUCAAGUGGUUCGGAAAGGCCGGUAAUGUCCCAACUGAAGAUAUUUUAAAGACUUUGAACAUGGGUGUUGGUAUGGUUCUUAUCGUUAAAAAAGAAAAUGCUGAAGAAGUCAAGAGAUUAGUAAGAGAAGCCAACGAAACUGUUUAUGAAAUCGGUACCCUGGUAGAAAAACCAGCUGGUGCACCAGGUUGUGUUGUCAAUAAUGCUACCAAUCUAUACUAA